AUGAUUGUGACUCAACAUGCAACCAAGUUUGAGGAGCUGGUGAGGUACUUUCCCCAUUAUCAAGGGAGAGAUGGUGAAAGUUCCAAAUGUGUGAAGUUUCUAAACGGCUUGCAACCUGAAGUGAAGCAAGCUGUGAAUUACCAAGGUGUUCGUCAGUUUCCACUCUUGGUUAACAUGUGCCGAAUUUGGGAUGAAGAUUCUCAAGAUAGGGCGAGCUAUUAUAGGAGUAUAGGUCCAAUGAAGAACAAAAAGAAUGAACCUCAACAUCGGGGGAAACCGUACUUGACCCCUCCUAAGCAAUAUGGUAACCGCCCCAACAAUAAAAGGAUUAUUGCUACGAGGUUUGCGGGUGAUAGUGGUAGCAAACCCAAUACAUUCCCCACUCAGAUCACUUGUUACAGAUGUGGUAAGCCAGGGCACAUCUCCUCAAAUUGUCCUGAUAAAGGAAUAACAUGUUUUAAUUGUAGACAAAGGGGGCAUAUUCAGAAAGAUUGUCCAUAUCCCAAGAAGGAGUAG